GUGUGGCUGGACUGCGAUCCGGGUCACGACGAUGCCAUGGCUAUCAUCCUCGCUGCUGUCUAUGGCAUGAAUCUCAUCGGGGUCUCCACCGUCUGCGGUAACCAAACCGUGGAGAAGACCACCGACAACGCGCUCCGCAUGCUCAACAUCAUCAACCGAAACGACGUGCCGGUGUACAGGGGCGCGGACAAGCCCCUGACGCGGCCGAAGCGAAACUGCCCCGAGAUCCACGGCGAGAGUGGGCUCGACGGACCCGACAUCCCCGCCGCGCCCAGGGGUGCCCAUCCCACGCCCGCUGUCGUGGCGAUGGCUGAGGCGCUCCUCUCUGGGGAUCCGGCCGACAAGCCGACGCUCGUGGCCACCGGCGCUCUCACAAACGUCGCACUGCUCUUUUCGGUCUACCCUGAGGUCAUCGAUCGACUGAGUGAGCUCGUGAUCAUGGGAGGUGCGUACCAAGGCCUCGGCAACACGGGACCGACAGCGGAGUUUAACAUUCAGUGCGACCCCGAGGCGGCGCACAUCGUGUUCGAGGCGGGGCUCAAGAGUCUGGUGAUGGUGCCACUGGAGGUGACCCACACCGUGCUAGUCACGCCAAAGAUCCGGGAUGGGUUACUUACGGGAUACGGCAGAAAUCCGGGAUCCUCGAGGUUUCUCCGACUCCUCGACGAGCUCAUGCACUUCUUCGAGGAAUCGUAUAAAAAAGUCUUUGGGUUCGAGCAUCCACCGCUCCAUGACCCGGUGGCCGUGUUUUACGUCAUGCAUCCACAUUUCUUCAAAACCAAAAGAAUGCGCGUUGACAUCGAUUGCGGACAGCUGUGCGCGGGCACGACGGUGUGCGACCAUUAUGGCAUGAGCGGCAAGGAACCAAACGUGACGGUGUGUACAGAGGUUGACGUCGAAGCUUUCUGGAAACACAUGCUUGCUGCGGUG